CCCGACAGUCCACAUGGUAUUCUCGUUUAAAGACUAUAGUCCGAUUGUGUAUAGUGACUAAUGAGUUUUUGCAGAUCAUUUCCGACCCUGCCUUUUUCGCAGAAUACUGUACACAUUUGACGUGACUUAUCGAAGUCUCGUACUUCCGUGUAACGUUGCAGUAAAACCUCCACGUUCAGGUAUGGAGGUAUUUGCCUUGAGGAGCUUGCUGUUGGGGUGGCAGUGUUUGCUCUUGCCGGUGUGGGGCCUGGAUGGUUACACCGCAGCGGUCUAUGAACAUGCAGCAGUGUUGAAUCCACGCUGGAAAAUCCCUUCCACACGUCAGGGGGCGCUGAGACACAUGAAGAAAAACCUGGAUAUCUAUCGGGAACAAGUCUUUGCAGCAAGUAAACAGGGAGCCAAGAUAAUUGUAUUUCCAGAGGAUGGUCUCCAAGGCUUUCAUUUCAACAGGACUUCCAUUUUUCCCUAUUUGGAACCUAUUCCAGAUCCUAAUGUUGUUCACUGGAAUCCCUGCCUGCAUCCAACUGUAUAUAAUGGUACAGAGGUGCUUCAUCAGCUGAGCUGCAUGGCAAGGAACGGCAGUAUGUACUUGGUUGCAAACAUGGGAGAGAGACAAACCUGUGAGCAAAGCGAUCCCAAAUGUCCGCCCGAUGGAAGAUAUCACUUUAACACAAAUGUGGUUUUUGAUGCUGAAGGCACUCUCGUUGCAAAAUACCAGAAAUGGAACCUUUACUUUGAAUAUGCUUAUGACACACCCAAAACAGUGCAACACGCCAUCUUUAAUACAUCAUUUGCUGGAAGAUUUGGCAUCUUUACUUGCUUUGAUAUAUUGUUCUAUGAGCCAGCAGUAAGUUUAAUUGAGAAUUAUGGUGUAAAACAAAUUGUAUUUCCUACAGCCUGGAUGAACCAAUUGCCCCUCUUAUCUGCCGUACAGUUUCAUCAAGCAUUUGCUACUGCAUUUGGGAUCAAUCUUUUCGCAGCCAAUCAGCAUCAUCCGAAAUACAAUAUGACAGGAAGUGGUAUCUACACCCCGUUAGAUUUCCCCUAUUAUUACAACUCCGAGAGCAGUGAAGGUAAACUUCUUGUGGCCAAGGUCCCUAUAAUCACAUCCCGUCAAAAUCACAGCCUACAACCUGAGGUGACGGCAGCACUUCUUAAAGGGAACAAUUAUUUUGAAGCUUUUGUCCUUCAGAAGAAGGGAGAAAAGCAGGAACAAAUUGGCCCAAUGGAAAGAAAUGAUCCUGGUGAUAUUUUUCAUAAUAUCAUGAUGUAUGAUAAUUACACAUUUAUCUCUUUGACAGGUUUAAAAGGUAGUCUGCACAUCUGUUCCAACACUCUCUGUUGCCAUGUAGCCUACAAAUGUAGCAAUUAUACAGACGGUAAUCUGUAUGCAUUAGGAGCCUAUGAUGGGCUUCACACGACGCAUGGCACUUAUUACACACAAGUGUGUGCCUUGGUGAAGUGUGCAGGCUCCAGUUAUGACACGUGUGGACAAAAUGUUACAACUGCCUCUGAUAUCAUAGAUUUUGAAUUAUGGGGGAAUUUCAGCACAACCCAUAUUUAUCCAGAAAUAUUGGCAGAUAAGAUGAAAAUUUAUCGUGCCGAUACCAGAGGAUGGGCUAACAGUAAUUAUUAUAUGAUCAAGAAGGGGAUGUCAGCAGGUCUUGUCACUGCAGCACUCUAUGGAAGGUGGUAUGAGAAAGAUUGUUGUUAUUGAGUUCUCUGUCUGAAUGUAGUGAUAAUUCACUAAAAUCCAGGAAUCUUACAUUUUUUUUACUAUGAAGUAAUCAAAAAAGGGGUUUCUGAGUAUUCCUCAUUGAGGUUGAGGAUUGCAUCCUGUACUGUUGACAGAAUAUUUACUAACUGAAUUCAGGAACUGUGGAAAAGCAGGGAUGUUUAGAAGUCCAAGUACAGAAAAUAUUAAAAAGCCAGUGGACAGGUCCCGAAAAGUGUAAUAGGCCAAUGGAAUGUUGACCGUUAUCUCAAAGUUUGUAGAAUAUCAAGGAUAGAAAUAAUAGUCCUGUUACAUACUGCCCUGAUUCUACCCCAUUAACAGUCCUGCCAGCUUGCCUAAGGGAUAACUUGGGAAGGAUAUAUUUUUAUUUCAGGAGGUAUGGUGCCAGACUGAUGCUGGUGCUAAUGGUGUUAAAGAAUGAGGACAGAUUGGACUGUCAAACUUUGUAUUCUUUUUGAAUAUAGAAAAUGAAGGUGCAAAGUAAUUGCAAUAUUUAAGAUCAUUUAAAAGGAUUGUUAGACUAGAUCAAGUGAAAUUAGACAUUUCUUCCACUGCUGGUGGUACCCAGAACAAGGCAACACAAUCAUCAUCUUAGAGGCAGGCUGUUCAGCAUCAUGUCAGGAAGAAAUCUUGACAGAAAGAAGUGAGAAAGUAUGAAACUCCCCCCCCCCCCCCCCACAAAAAAAAAGGUGAAGUCACCUGAAAAUUUCAAAAUUCUGAUUGAUUAAAAAGACCAUGAGAUAUAGGAGCCCAAAUUAUGCCACUCGGCCUAUUGAGUCUGCUCUGAUCGAAUUGGUGAGGCAUGAUUCUCCUGAGAAUUUAGUCUCUUGUGGCACAGUGGUAGUGACCCUAACCCUGACCCAGGAGAUCUAGAUUCGAGUUUGACCUGCUCCAGAGGUGUGUUUAUAACAACAUUGCUGAACAGGUUGAUUUGAAGAGUAUCUGCAUCUGGAGCAUCAGGAAGCAUGAUCCGAAAGGUAAGAUUGUGUUUAACUGCUCCUCCACUCCACUUUCCCUAUUCUUUCAGUAAUCCACCUGAAAUUUGCUCUGGUAUUCUCUGAAUUAUAGCUCAAGACGGGAUUGAGUCACAGUUUAGUUAAGUAAACCAUAGCCUUAAAUAUCCUUUGGCAAGGAAUGAGAGUUUUUUUUCACAGAGAAUUAUCAUGGCUGAUAAGUUUCUUAACACCAUUCUCCUGCCUUCCCCCGGAACCUUUGAUGCCCUUACUAAUCAAAAACCUAUUUGUCUCUGUCUUAACUACACUCAAUAUUUGUUCGGUAAGCUAUCAAGACUUCAAGAUGAAAAAGAUGGACUUAAGAUACUGAUCAUCCACAGUCUAAAUGAGUGGGCAGAACAGACUGGAAGGAUUGACUGUCCUACUCCUGUCACUGUGUCCGCUGAUGCUUAGGAUUGAAAGAAAUUAUGAAGUUAAUUAAACAGCAUAAUUGUAAACAGCUUGUACAGGCUUUAUGCUUUUGUGCUGUGAUAACUUUAAAUAUUUCCAAUACAUUUUCAGUACUUACAAAGCAGAGGCAGGAAAUAGUAUACAACUAUACAACCUAUUACCUUCUGAGCUCGGGAUAUGAAUAAAUGAAUGAGGUAAAUAUUCUAUUGUUAAUACAGGUAAAUCCUCAAAGCAAAUGUCUUUUUGCAUGAUAAAUGUAUUGCUUUUAUCUUUUUAAUUUUACCACUCCAGUUGUAUUUGAGUGCUUCUGGAAAUUGAUCUUGCCAGGGUUGAAUAUAUUUCUGGAAUCAAAGUGUGGAAACAUCAAAGACAGGCUUUUCAAAGAGUGAAUCCAUACAAAUAUUAAUACCUUACUAAUAUCUUACAUUGCUUACAUCCGCAUGAAGCCAUCGGGCAUCUAAUUAUAUGUUUAACUCACUGCCAAGAUACUUCACCUCGGCUUGUGUUGGGGGGAGCGCGUGGAAUGUAAGCUUUGACCAAGAAUUAGAUUUACUGACAGGCCUACAGAUAGAUUUGUCUGAGUUUUGCUUCAGCAAUUAGUUUUUAUUACAAUGGGAAAGAUAUGUGAUAGCCAAUGAUCCAAGUCUGUGUUUAACUGGGGAAAUCGAUGGAUACCAAUAGGACUUGUAAGCUGUAAUGAUAAACUCUUCCUAAAAUGUUGUCA